AUGGGUCUCCUGGAGCUGGUGGCCUCAAACAUUGUUUCACGAAUCGUUUGUUUGGUUAGUGACUUUGUGCUGUUGGGGAUCUUCAACUUCAUCAAGAAGAAAAUUCAGCAAAUGGCGUUCCUGAGGCUUCUGGUGUUGCUGGUCGUCGGUGUUGCGGCUGCUGGGGCGGACUGUGGUCCCGAGGACGGGGCGUUUGUGUGUCGGGACGUCUGCGGCGAGGAGGUGAGAGGCGCCGGCGGUUACGGACGCCGCGUGACGUUCGUCGGAGCAACGCUAUUUUUGGACUGCGUCAGGCAGGCGGACCUCAAGGAGGUGAAACUGCUGUCCCCGACGGUGUGCGUCGGACGUCGGUCCGAGAUGGAUCAAGUGGUGACGCCGUGGAGGUGGUGCAAGGAGGUCGUGCCCCCCGAACCGGAGAUCUCGACGGCGGCAGUUCCGCCGGUGGUUGAUGAGCCUUGCCCGGUGGCGCCGAUGGCCAACCUGUCGGUUGUCCACGUGCCGGCAAGCAAAAAGCCGUUCGUGGUUUGGGCGCCGCCCUCGACGCAGCAAAGCAUCGUAGUGGCCCAUGAGGUGCCACACGUCAUCAAGGCACCGUCGUCUACGCCGGAGGUGACGGUCAACAUCAAACAUGGUGUUGCACACAUCGAGGCAGACGUGGACCCUUGGAUGGCCAUGGUCCUGGUUUUUAUGGGCCUUGGUGGGGCUGGAGCCACGUCUCUGGCUGUAUUUUUGGUUUGGCUUGUGAAGUUCAUCAGGAACAAGUCAUCGUACAUGCAGGAGUUGGUGCGUAUGCUGACGCCGGAGGAUCAGCCGGAUUCGGAAGCCCAACCAGUGGUGGAUCUGCUGGGGCUGGAAGAGGCGGAUAAACCCGUUGCAGAAGAGAAAGAGGAAGAGUUGGUCCUUGAGGACAAUAAUCCUUUUAAAGAGAUGUUGAACGCGUAGAUAUAAAAUCGCGUCAAAGAAAGAGAGUGCCAUUUUCGUACCCGCAUUUUUAUAUGGGUCUCUUGGCAAUAGAGAAAUUGUAAAAAGAA